GGGUAAGCCCUUGAGGUCUGGCGUCACACGCUCUGAGCCAUGGCCGAUCCAAUGGCCGAGCCGCUGCGUGUGGCCAUUCUUGGCCAGAAGGAUGCCAUGAUCUUCUGCCUCUUCCAGCUGGUGCAGGUGAGACGGACUCGCUCUUUGGAGGUCCUGGUGCUGUCGCCCAAGGAGCAGACCGUGCCGCCCAGCGCAGACGUGGCCGCGGUGUGUAGCACUCUAGGCUACCAACACUGCGUGGCGCGCACCAAUGCCAUGGUCCUGGAGUCUAUUCAGCAGUUCAAGCCCUCCUUGCUGGUGUCCAUUCUUUGGCCGCGGCGAGUACAACGAGAAGUUCUGGACUUGUGCAGAGACUGCAUCAACUUCCAUCCCUCGCUGCUGCCACGGCACCGGGGGUCUUUGACCCAGUUCUGGGCCAUCUUUGAUGCGGAUGAGGAGGCCGGGACAACUUGCCACCGCAUGGUUGAAGAGUUCGAUGCAGGGCGCAUUCUCCGGCAAGAGCCGGUGAAGCUUGCCCCAGAUGAAACGGCUCUUUCCUUGAACCACAAGCUCGCCUUGGCCACAGAGCGCUGCUUCAAGCACGUUCUGGAGGUCUUCCUCGCUGAAGGACUCCCCGAGGGUGAGGAAUGGGAUGUGGCGCAGUUCCCGUACCACUUCCGGCGCCUUCCGGAGGAGGGCUUCAUUGACUUCAGCUGGCCCCUGGACAAGGUGGACCGCUUCAUCCGCGCGAUGUACUUCCCGCCUUUCACGCCAGCACGGCUGCGCAUGGAAGACGGGUCAGAGCACAGAGUGCUGAACCUGUCUCAGUACCAGGCCCUCAUCAAAGGCAAGGCGCCUGCCAAGCUCUUCUGGGACGAAGACCAAACCCCAGUGAAGGCACGCGCCAUUCGCGCAGACCCAAAGCCCGAGACGACGAGCGCCACCCCAUGGAUGGCCUGGACCUGGUGGCCCGCCGCGCUUGCCGGGCUUCUGCUUUCCUGGGUGGCUGUGGCCGUGACAGGCCCGAGCAAUCCAUCGCUGGCUCCACGGCAGAGCGUGCCCGGCACGCAAUGCAUCGAUGGGUCUCCGGCAAAUCUUUAUUUGGCUCACGGCUAUGGAGACGGCCGGCGCAAGUGGGUCGUGUUCUUUCAGGGCGGUGGCUGGUGCACUGGCACCUCAGGCUCCCCACACUUGCCGGGCUACUGCCCGCAGGAGGAUGUGGCACACCCGGAUUUGUGCGAAGAGCGCAGCCGAGGCUACCAUGGGAGCAGCCUCAGCGAUUCUGAAAGUCGCGACUUCACGCGGAGAGGAUGCUUGUCUGGCGAUUCUGACAUCAAUCCGAUGAUGUACAACUGGAAUCGCGUCAUGGUGAGAAACUGCGACGGCACGCUCUUCCUCAGCAGCGCCGAGCUGCCGGGGCUGCAUCUGCGAGGCAGGGACAAUGCGGUGCAGGCCAUCAGGGCCUUGCUGGGCCAGGGCCUUGCGGACGCCAGCGAGCUGCUCUUUGCAGGCUGCUCGGCCGGGGGCGUGGCCUCAGUGCUUUUGGCAGACACCUUGCGGCCGAUGGUGGAAGAGGCGGUUCACGCCCGCGGAGGCCGCGUCUUUGUGGCGGUUCUGUCGGACAGCGGGUUCUUCCCCGACUGGUCCGCCAAGUCAAUACCCGCAGGGGUUUUGCACUUCCCGCAGUUCCAGUGGCUAUUCGCCACUGGGAACGUCUCAGCGGCAUUGCCCCCGGAGUGCUUGGCGGCAGGCCACGGCUGGCGCUGCAUGUUGCUGGAGACAGCGCUGCCCUAUGUGAAGACCCCGUGCUUCGUGCUGCAAAGCACUGUGGACUCCUGGCAACUUCAGAGCUCUGAUCAGAAGUCGCUGGAGUCACUUCACCAGCACAUGCGCGCAAACUUGUUGGCGGCCGUGCAGUCACCGCAUGGAGGUGCCUUGGACAACUGCUUCCACCAUUGCGAGGCCUGGGGCAACAUCCAUUGGGGCGGUCUCAGCAACCGCGAAGCCUUCGAGCGCUGGUAUCGAGCGCGUGUGCGGCAGUGGGAUGCUGGUGAGGACUUCAACACCACGGGGGAGGGCUGGCCAUUGCUGCAUCUGGGAGCGCUUGCUGCACCGCGGUGCUACCCAGGACAAGAGAAGCACAAAGACUGGCAUGCCACCUUGGGGUCUCGCCGGCUCAGCGACUUAGAUGCCGCCGCGCGCUGGAAAAUGAAUGCAAUGAGGACUCUGCUGACCGAGGAGACCCUCAAGGUGCCUAAGGGCGUCAAGAUCACCAUCAAGUCCAAGCAGGUGGAGGUUAAGGGCAAGCAUGGCGACCUGAAGCGAGACUUCAAGCACUUGCCCAUCGAGCUGUUCCUUGCAGAUGGCGGCAAGAAGGUCGUGGCACGGAUGUACUUCGCAAAGUCCAAGCAGUGCUCCAUGCUGAACACGGUCUGCAGCCACAUCAGCAACCUCUUCGAGGGCGUGCAGAAGAAGUUCGAAUACAAGUUGCGUUUGGUCUACGCGCACUUUCCCAUCAACGUCAACAUCAUCAAUGGCGGGAAGACGAUCGAGAUCCGCAACUUCCUGGGCGAGAAGGUGGUGCGAACUGUGCACAUGCUGCCCGGCGUGACUGUGGAGAAGAGCUCGUCCACCAAGGACGAGAUUGUAGUGUCCGGCUCCGACAUCGAGCUUUGCGGCCGCUCCUCAGCGCUGAUCCAUCAGUCCUGCCUGUGCAAGAAGAAGGAUAUCCGAAAGUUCUUGGACGGCAUCUACGUCAGCUCCCAUGGUGUCAAGGAGGAGUGA